AUGCCAGAGAAUAAGCAAACAGCAGGAUUAAGUUAUGCAACGUCAGAUGCAUCACUUCAUGAGCAAGUCGAAAAAUUUUGGAUAAUCGAAGAAGUCGAGCAGCAGUCACCCCGCUCCAAGAGUGACAAAUUAUGUGAGACGGAUUUCUUACAAACUUAUACGCAAGAAAAGGAUGGACGAUUCACCGUCAGUCCACCCUUUCGAAGAGAUCCAAGCGAACUAGAGUUAGGCCACAUGAGCUUAGUAGCUGAAACGGAAUGCGAGCCCUCGCAAAUACAUUAUAUUCCACAUCACGUUGUAAUCACUCAGUUUAACGAUCGUUCAAAACUACGAGUGGUAUUCGAUGCAUCAGCAAAGACCAGCUCCGGUGUAGCACUCAACGACAUUCUACGCGUGGGACCUACUAUUCAACCGACAUUAUUUGCAACGGUGUUACGUUUCAGACAGUAUCAAUUUAGGCCUGACAGCAACCUACCGGUACGAGAAUAUCGACUAAACACAGUGACUUAUGAGUUAGCCUCAGCUCCCUUUCUAGCCAUCAGGGCAUUGCAACAAGUAGCGCUUGAUAAUCAACAAGCUCAUUCAUUGGCUAGUCGAGUAAUUUGUCAUGAUUUCUAUGUGGAUGACUUGCUAACUGGUUGCGAUGAAUUAAAUCAGUUGCAGUCGUUAAAGCGAGAUAUUAUUAAGAUACUAGAUGCUGCGGGAUUUCAAUUGACAAAAUGGAAUUCGAACGAACCAUCUCUCAUCUCACCAAUUGAAGAAGAAGAGAGACAGACCAUCAACAUCGGAGACGAAGUAAAAACUCUUGGACUCACAUGGAACUCCGUGAAGGACACCUUCCAGUAUCGUGUCACAUUGAAAGACACCGAUACUAGAAUCACGAAACGCGCUGUAUUAUCUAUUACAUCACAAAUAUUCGACCCUCUUAGAUUGAUAGGACCCGCAACAAUAAAGGCGAAGAUGCUACUACAGCGGAUGUGGCAAUUGAAAUUAGCGUGGGAUAAAUCUUUGCCAAACAAUUUGCAUACAGAAUGGAUCGAAUACGCACAAAACCUCUCCGCAAUAAACAAUAUCCGUAUUCCACGCUUAGUAGCCUGUCGAGAGCCUGUAAAGAUCGAAUUACAUGGCUUCUCAGAUGCAUCAGAAGGUGCUUACGGAGCAUGCUUGUAUGUGCGCUCUGUCGACAAACAUGGAAAUCAACUCAUCCGUCUGCUCUGUGCAAAAUCCAGAGUGGCACCACUUAAGACAAUCUCUAUACCACGCCUGGAAUUAUGUGGAGCAGUAUUGUUAGCCAAGCUAGUUCAUCAAGUUAUAGAAAUACUGUCGAUACCAAUUCAUGCUCGAUAUCUGUGA